AUGCCAACCGUCUCACACUUGCCGUUCGAGGCCCACCCUUUCACCAUUGCCAGUUUUAAUUUGAACCUUUUUGAUGUGCUUCAGGUUCAGCAGCCUCAGGGCGAAAGAUAUACUACUCAGAUCACAGAACGGGAUCUUGGAUCUAGUGCUCCCUUCUGGAAGGAGCUGGUGUUUUUCGUCAACGUGGGGAAGGGAUUCACCGCCCGCUUGAAAGAAGCUGCCUCGAAGGGUGAAAAAGUCAAAGUCUUUAUCGAUGGACCAUAUGGACCGGCUCUUAACCUGGGUUCAUACGACACAUUCGUGCUCAUUGCUGGUGGAUCUGGAGUCUCGUAUAUGUUACCGAUAUUGUUGCAUAUAAUAGAGUAUGUCGACUGGCUUACCGUUUGUAUAAUUUCAACCCAUUUUUUUUUUCAGAAGUGUCCGCAACAGUAA